AUGGAUCUUUCCCAAUCGCAGGCUGAAGAGGCUGUCCCUUCCAACGACAGAGUCUGUAAAAAACAACGCGAUCGUGAGGAAGAAUCACGUUACAUUAUAGACGACUUGAAAUCUGGGAACUUCAUCCUUCUUCUCCAAGAGACUCCCAAAGUCAAAAUGAGCCAUUGCCAAGCAUGGCGUUGUAUGCCACGUAAACGAACUGGGAAGCCGGUUAUCAAGUCCCAUUAUCGUUUCAUGCUAAAAGAUAUCUCAGUGCCCUCAAAGCCAAAAGGCGAAUACUAUCACGUUACCUGUCUUGAGCGUCUCCUGCCCAAUUUGUCCGCUCUAGUCCGAGAUGGCCACUUGAAGAUGGAUGGCUAUAUUUCCGCACCGCAUAACGGCAAAGUGUGCCUUGAAUCAUCCGCGGAAUGA